AUGGACUUUCACCUCAAGCAAUGGAGAAACCAGCAGCAUGAGUCAGAGGAACAACAUUCUGCAAAGAUACCAAAACUUCACCUUGAGCCCCAUCCGCGCUCAGAGCCAUCUGGGUAUGCUCUCCCUCUGUUUGUUCCUGAGCCCAACAGCAAAAUGAUCAGCACCCUGUCAGCGUUUUCUGAAUCUACACCAGCAUCUGCCUCCACCAGAUUUCCCAAAAUGGGGAGCUAUUUCAGCUUCUCCCAGUUGCAGGAGCUUGAGCUGCAGGCUUUGAUAUUCAGGUACAUGUUAGCUGGUGCUGCUGUUCCUCCUGAACUUCUUCAGCCAAUCAGGAAAAGCCUUCUCCACUCUUCUCCUCCAUAUUUCCUCCACCACCCUCUUCAACAGUACCCUCAUUUUCAGCCUGCUUUGUUGCAAUCAGGGUAUUGGGGAAGAGCAGCCAUGGAUCCAGAGCCAACAAGGUGUAGAAGGACAGAUGGCAAGAAAUGGAGGUGUUCUAGAGAUGUGGUGGCUGGUCAGAAGUACUGUGAGCGCCAUGUGCACCGUGGCAGAAACCGUUCAAGAAAGCCUGUGGAAGCCACCACUGCUGCUGCUGGUGGAGGGACUAGUGAUAUUGCUACCAACACCACCACCAAGACGUCAUCUGGUGGGGCCCAUUUUACUCUUGCUGGGUCAUCAUCAUCCCCUUCAAUUGAUCUGCUUCAUCUCAACCAGAGGUCUUCAGAGUCCAAAGCUGAGAACAGGAGCCUCUUUGAACCCCACAGUGAGGUCUCCAGGAGUGCUAAAUCCGACAGCCAUGUCUUGCGGCCUUUUUUUGAUGACUGGCCGGGGAAGCUCCAAGAACUGGACAAUGCACGAACCAAUGCUGGCUCAAUGAACUCUGCCACCAGCCUCUCCAUUUCGAUACGGGGAAAUUCCUCCUCGGAUGUGUCACUGAAAUUGUCUACCGGCAAUGGAGUCGAGACAGGGCGCCAGGACGGCCAUGCUGAGCGCGAGCAGCCACAAUUGAAUUGGCCUGCCGGAUGGGGAACAAACCAAAUGGCUUCCAUGGGAGGGCCGCUUGCGGAGGCCCUUAGGUCCUCCUCCAACUCCAAUUCCUCACCAACCAGUGUUCUACAUCAGUUGCCCCGCAGCUCCGCCUCAGAAACUAGCUUUAUCAGCACUUGA